AUGGACUCGCAUACCCUUUCAGAGGAUUCUUCGCCCUCACAUUAUACACCCAAUGCGGACGACCCUGGUCCUGUGCCGCCUCCCUCCGAGGUCAACGAGUUUCUGAGGAAGAAGCGCAAGGCUCGUGAGCACAAAGCGUGUUAUCCGUGUCGAUUGCGCAAAGUGAGAUGCGACCUUACACGCCCUUGUAAGACCUGCCGCGACCGAGAUCAUCCCGAGGCUUGCAGCUACCAUCCUCCCAAUAAGCGGCCCGCUGCAGAGAAUCCUCACGAUGGGCUAGUCCCGAGGUCUGUGGCGGAGACAAAAUCAUCCAGCGCCGUGACGUUGUCUAGGAGUGACUUUGACGUAUUGUGUCAGAAGCUGAGCAAUCUGGAGGAAUCAAUCACUGAUCUUCGGCGCGAGGUGCGAUCGAUACAAGAAGCGAAUGCUGCUGCUUCACUCGGCACGGAUCAGCGCCAAGCAAGAGAGCAGCCGCAUGACGAACGUACUGAUGCGCGGCGUCAAUCACACACUGAUCGCCAUGGUCUCCAUACCAAGAACGAAUCGGGUGAGAUUGUGCAUUUCGGUGGAGACUCGAUCCCAGCACUUUUAUUUGGUCUGGGCCAGGAAUCACCGGAAACCAAUGAUGUUCAGCAACCAAUACUACAGGAGUAUCUGGGCAAAAACGUUUUGCCUUUAUUCGGCCUGGAUAAUGAAUCUGCAACUUAUCCAUUCGUCGAUUUAUGGGGUCUUCCUCAUGGUUCCAUCGAGCGCGCAAAGAAGCUAGCAAACGUGCUGCCUCUAAAUUCGCAAAUGGAAAAAUUCUACGAAACUUAUCGGGAUGUCAGCCAUAUCAUCUACCCUGGAGUGGCAGACAUUGAACGUUUUGGCUUGGAGGUCACUCAAUUCGUCGCUGAUCGAGACAAACGUGCUUCCAAAGAUGAAGGCAUCGACGAGACCAUCAUCUACGGGAAGAGUUUCCAUUGGCUUGCUUUGCUGUUCGCCGUCAUGGCUGCUGGCGCACAAUCGGUCGAGAACAUGGGGCGGAGGGAGAGGCAGCUGACCUCCAGUGUAUACGUAUGCUGCAGUUUUGAGUGCCUACGUUUCACCAACUUCAUAGCUCAGCCCAGCGUUCACCACAUCCAGGCUCUUUCGCUCAUCGGAUUUGUGCUUUCCAACAACAUGAAUGCCGGCAUCGCCUGGUCGCUCUUGGGUUUGACUAUUCGUCUCGCCCAAGGACUUGGCUUACACCAGGUUUGCCCACCACGUAUCCCAGCAGAAGUGGUUCAUUUCCGAUCCAAAAUAUGGUGGGCGAUCAUCUGGCAGGAUAGUCUUCUCAGCACAAGCUAUGAUCGGAUCGGCAUGCUCGAUACAAGCACUCGCGACAUGCCACAGAAAUUCGGUGCGGUCGGUGCUUACCAUGGUGCCAUGUACCGCCUUAGCCAAAUUGCCACGACGAUCAUUCGCAAUCGCGCAGCGCCCGUAGAACCGCGGCUACAGAUUUCCCGAAUCCACGCCCAUCGAGAUUCGAUCGCCCAAAUCAUCGCGGAAGCUUCGCCACAUCUUCGCGACUCGAGACAGUGCUCGAGCAAGAGGGAGGCAAUCGAGCACUGGGGCCUCUACAUGCACUCGUCAUACGUCCUUUCCGAACUCUUCCGUCCAGCCAUCGGUCGCGCAGCAUCGAAUGCCGGGACGGAGAUCGCGCAGCUUUUCAGGCAACCCUGUGUCGAAAGUCUGAUCGACACGGUUGACGCCUACAUAGGUUUGAACGGCGUGACCUUCUAUGCUCAACAGUCGUGGGGUGCGAUCCAUCGUGGCCUCAGUUCUGCCCUCCUUCUCGGCAUCCUAGGCGAGCACAGGCGGCGCCAGCGCGUCAUGGAUAUGAUCGCACGCUUGGUGAAUCUCAUGAAUGAGAUCAUCUCGAGCAGAGACCGGAACGAAUUAUCUUCGCCCAUGGAGAGGGGAAUCCGGGCUUUGAAACGAUUCCUCGUCGAAGCGGAAUCGUCCUCAAAGCUCGACUCGACUCACUCCAGUCACUCGCAAAUGCAAGCCCAGGCGGCUGGCGCCUCUUCGUUGUUCUCACCACCUGAGACUUUAAGAAGGUCGGACAGUUUUUCCAUGUCUUCACCGGGUACAGAUUCUUCGCCUCAUUCAGUAUUGAACAUGAUUCUUUGGGGCGAAGGGGAUCUAUCUUAG